CGGCUCCUCCAGAGGAUGGUGCUGCCCUGCAUACAUGCGCCGAAGGGGGACCCACCUCCUUGCUGCGACGGUUUCCACAGAGCCAGGAGAAGCACUCCAUGCAGCGUUACGUCGCUCAGUCAGCUGCCCAGUAAACAGCCCGGACUGCAGCCGCCUCCACCAGCCUCCGACUCUAACUGCCUUCAAGGAAACAUGGCGAGCAGAGUCCUUCAAAGAGUGGCCACCGGCCUUCACUGGAGGAGAGCCGGACUUCAAGCGAACGUCCCGGCAGCCAUCACCGCCAGGGGUUUCUCAGGACUUAAAUCUCUUUUUGUGAGAAAAGUUGACCCCAGAAAAGAUGCCCACUCUCAUCUACUAUCCAAGAAAGAAGACAACAAUCUCUACAAAAUACAAUUUCAUAACGUUAAACCAGAGUGCCUUGAUGCUUACAAUAAACUUUGUGAAGAAGUAUUACCCUCCAUCCAUGCUGACCCUGAAUACCCCUGUGAGCUGGUGGGCACCUGGAACACCUGGUACGGAGAGCAGGAUCAGGCAGUUCACCUUUGGAGAUAUCGGGGAGGAUACCCGGCUCUCACCGAAGUCAUGAACAAACUCAGGCAGAAUAAGGGCUUUAUGAACUACAGGGAUGAGAGGGGAAAGAUGCUGCUGUCUCGUAGGAAUCAGCUGCUGCUGGAGUUCAGCUUCUGGAACGAACCCGUCCCUCGUCCAGGACCAAACAUCUACGAACUCCGGUCAUACCAGCUCAGACCAGGGACAAUGAUCGAGUGGGGAAAUUAUUGGGCUCGGGCGAUUGAGAUUCGCCAGCAGAACCAGGAGGCUGUGGGAGGUUUUUUCUCACAGAUCGGAAGUCUUUACCAAGUUCAUCACUUAUGGGCUUACAAAGAUUUUCAGACCAGAGAUGAAAUUAGAAAUGCAGCUUGGCACCGGGACGGUUGGGAUGAGGUCGUUUAUUACACAGUCCCUCUUAUUCAGCACAUGGAGUCCAGAAUAAUGAUUCCCAUGAAGACUUCGCCCCUGAAGUAACCGUAGACUGUAGCCGUCAGCACUACAACCACUCAGGCCCAUGAAGUGAAACCAACCACCAGAAUGUACACUGCCAGGAAAUUCAACACAACCUAGUUAUGAUUUCCUAGUUUUGUUUUUUUCUGUUUCUUAAAUCCCUCUACUUUUUCUUUUUGUUGUUGUUGUUUUUAAGAAUGUUGGGUCAAAACAAUUAUCUCCAGAAUGUUACUAGAUACUGUAAUUAAUGGGUUGUUGUAGUGUUACAGAUCUGGAGUUUAUCAUGAAAUGCUAGAUGAAAAUUAAAUUAUAAAAGGAUUGGUUAGCGUUAUGGACAACUCAAAAAUAUUAAGCCUUAAAUUGUACAUGUGGUAGUCAUUUCAUUGAGAGAAAUUGGGUUCUUUAGAUUGUCCUCCCUUUUCUUAGCAAACGUCUUGUGUUUACAAAGCCUCUGACAGGUUGUGAAAAGAUUUGGGUCAGAAUUAUUAAAGUAUUCAUGAUGCUAAAAAUAUAUGAAGAUUGUUCACAAUGGCGCAAAAAACAACUUUUCUUUCCUCCUUUGUCUAACUGAUCACACUUCCAGGUUCUUCAGCAUCAACACUCCUGGCUACAUGAAUGGUUAUUUAAAUGUGUUCUAGUUAAGUAGAGCCAAUGACUUUUUGCAGAAGAAGCUACUGUACACUGACUGGUUUGGGUUUAUACCAAUGCAACAGAUUAAUAUCAUCAGGGUGACUGUGUGCUCUAACUGAGAUUAAUUUUUAAGCAAUGCCACCAUGUUGUUGGUUGGGUCUAUUAAAUAAGCUGUCUGUAAACAACUUGGGUCUUUAAAAUCACUGUGGAGCCUCAGAGUGGAAAAUAUUAAAUGCAGUGAUUUAAGAAGAUUAGUUGUACAUAUUGAAUUAAAUUUCUGAUUAAUAGAAGA